GCAGCACUGAGCUCAUGGAGACAAAACUGCACCAACGAAGAAGGAAACAGGAAGUCGGGAGAGCUAUUGCUAAAGGUCUCCAUCAUGGCGGGCAGACGGGCUCUGAAGGCAGUUCUCAUCGACCUGAGUGGAACUUUACAUAUAGAGGACACAGCGGUGCCCGGGGCACAGGACGCCCUAAACAGGUUACGGCAGGCCUCUGUAGCGGUGAAAUUUGUGACCAACACGACGAAGGAGAGCAAGAGGAAUUUACUGGAGAGACUGCAACGUCUCAACUUCGACGUCCAGGAAAAAGAGAUCUUCACUUCGCUCAGUGCAGCCAGGAGUUUGGUAGAGCAGAAACACCACAGGCCGCUGCUGCUGCUGGAGGACAGCGCCCUGGAAGACUUCAUGGGUAUUGACACGUCAGAGCCAAACGCCGUUGUCAUCGGACUCUCUCCUGAUCACUUCAACUACCAGACACUCAACCAGGCUUUCAGAAUGAUUCUGGAAGGAGCUCCUCUCAUCGCCAUCCAUAAGGCUCGCUACUACAAACGUAAGGAUGGUUUGGCCCUUGGCCCCGGGCCCUUUGUGACGGGACUUGAGUAUGCUGCAGACUGCAAAGCUACGGUGGUGGGCAAGCCGGAGAAGUCUUUUUUCACACAGGCCCUGUCUGAUUUAGGAUGUAGCCCCACUGAAGCUGUGAUGAUAGGAGAUGAUGCCAGGGAUGAUGUGGGCGGAGCACAGAAUGCAGGAAUGUUGGGAAUUCUGGUCCAAACUGGUAAAUACAGAGAAGGAGAUGAGAAUAAAAUCAACCCUCCCCCCCACCUGACAUGUGACAGUUUCCCAGAAGCUGUUGCACACAUCCUGAAGAACCUGCUAUGAGACGGCAGGACCGUUUGUACAUUGGAACACUAUAGCUGCCCAUUAUGGAGGUUAUAGACUGUUGGUGUUUAAACACAGAAUGGAAAAAUGUUUAUUGGAAUUACUUCACUCAUUCCCUCAGCCUUCAGGUAAACAGCAAUGCUUUACUCCUGUAAAUAUAAAAGAGCAUGCACAUCUUGAACACCUUGAAGGUCUAUUUCAGUGUUGUAGACUACUGCCUGAUGAAUAAUCCUUGAAAGUAAAGUAUGCACUUACUAAAUACUCACCAUCUGUUGCCACAUGAACUGAUGCUUGUCAUAAAAUAUGCGUUGAAGUUUGAAUGAAAAAUA